AUGGCAUAUCAAGAAUGCACAGUCAAAUGUAAUGUCCGGUAUCCAGAACACCCAAUUCACAGAUAUCAUCAGUCUGGAGAUCCCAUCAUUGGUGGCAUUGCAUCUCAUGGGAUCUUCCUCUCAUAUGCCAAAGAUUUCAUAAAAGAACCUCCACCGGCCAUGCCUGAGGAACUUACAAUACUUCCGAAGAAUUACCAACACAUCCUGGCCUUGGCCUAUGCAGUACAGCAGAUUAAUGAAAAUCCUUGGAUUUUACCAAAUAUCACCUUGGGAUUUCUUAUUUAUGAUAAUUAUUACAAUGCAAAGUGGACAUUUCAUUCCACAAUGCUACUUACAUAUACACUAGAAAGAUUUUUCCCAAAUUACAACUGUAACAUGAAGAAUAAGCUCCUUGCAGUGAUUGGUGGACUGGAUUCUGUUACUUCUCUUGAUAUGGCAAUUAUCCUGGAUAUCUACAAGAUUCCCCAGCUCACCUAUAGUCCCACUCCAGUGAUGAAGGACAAAUCUCCCGGUCUUCCCUUCUACCAGAUGGUUCCUAAGGAAGACCUUCAAUAUGAGGGCAUUCUGUCUCUGCUCCUGCACUUCAGAUGGAUAUGGAUUGGGGUGGUGGUCAUGGAUACUGACAGUGGAGAAAGAUUUGUGCGAACAGUGAUACCCAUGUUUUCCCAGAAGGGUGUCUGUUUUGCAUUCAUACAGAAAAUCCCUGUUAUAACUUUUAUUACUAAUGUGUUUGAGAUAUUAAAUAAAGGAGAGAAGAUUUAUGAUACAUUGUCAGGCAGUAAGGCUACAGUGAUACUUGCCUAUGGUGAAUCUAAUUCCUUUGGAUUUUUUAGAUUUCUCUCUUAUCAAUCAGUUCUAGACAGUAAGGACAGGAAACCCCUAGGGAAACUAUGGAUCACCACAGCCCAAAUGGAGAUUGCUUCAUUUGUAUUUCAAAGGGAUUGGGAUUUAGACAUUUUCCGUGGAGCUGUAGCCUUCAUGUUUCACUCCAGGGAUGUACCUGGAUUUCAGCAGUUUAUAGAGAGACGAAACCCUUCCAGUACAAGAGGAGACGGUUUUGUCAAAAACUUCUGGGAGCAGGCUUUUGGCUGUGUAUUUCCAGGUACACAUGUGGAUGAAAUGGAGGAAAAUCAUUGCACUGGAGACGAACAACUAGAGAGCCUCUCUUACCCCAAUUUUGAAAUGAGCAUGUCUGGCCACAGCUACAGUGUCUACAAUGCUGUCUUUGCUAUAGCCCAUGCUUUACAUGAUAUGUCCAGAUCCGGAUUCAAACAUGGGGCAAAGAUGGAGGGUGGACUGAAGCUUCAUAACCAGCCAUUUUGGCAGCUCCAUCACUUUUUGAGACAUGUUACAUUUAAUAACAGUGUUGGGGACAAGAUAACCUUUGACCAAGAUGGAAAGUUAGUGGAUGGAUUUGAUAUCAUCAAUUUUAUUAUUUCUGAAAACCAGUCAAAAGUGAAAAUUGGAAGGGUAGACCCUCAGUCUCCUGCAUAUCCAAUGUUCAUCAUUGAAGAAGAUGCCAUAACAUGGCACAGCUGGUUUAACCAGACUGUUCCCAUUUCCAUAUGUACACCAAGCUGUAAUCCAGGUUCUUGGAAGCAAGUCAUGGAAGGGAAGCCAUUUUGUUGUUACUCUUGCAUCUCAUGUCCAGAAGGGAAGAUUGCAGAAAAGGAGGAUCUGAGUGACUGUUACGCUUGUACAGAUGAAAAUUAUCCCAACAAAAACCAGGAUUCAUGUAUUCCCAAGGAUAUAAGUUUCUUGUCCUAUAAAGAACCUUUGGGGAUUGGUUUAGCCUGUUUUUCUCUUUUCUGUUCCACAGUCACAGUUCUGGUACUAAGGACAUUUCUGAUGCAUCACAACACUCCCAUUGUCAAAGCCAGCAACCGGGAUCUCACCUACAUCCUCCUGGUCACCCUCCUGCUCUGCUUCCUCUGUGCAUUACUAUUCAUCGGUCAGCCAAAUAAGGUGACAUGCCUUCUCCGACAAACUGCUUUCAGCAUCAUCUUCUCUGUGGCUGUUUCCUGUGUGCUGGCCAAAACUGUGACUGUGGUCCUGGCUUUCAUGGCAACCAAGCCAGGAAGCAUGAUGAAGAAGUGGGUGGGGAAAAGACUGGGCUAUUCUUUUGUUUUAUCUGGCUUCUUAAUUCAAGUUGGGAUUUGCACAAUAUGGCUGUCCAUCUCUCCUCCUGUCCCAGAUGCUGACCUGCACUCAGAGACUGGAAAAAUUGUCCUACAGUGUAAGGAAGGGUCUAUUAUUAUGUUUUACUUUGCAAGGUGUUACAUGGGCUCCUUAGCCAUGAUCAGUUUUGUAGUUGCUUUCCUUGCCAGGAAGUUACCUGACAGUUUCAAUGAAGCCAAGUUCAUCACUUUCAGCAUGUUGGUGUUCUGCAGUGUUUGGCUCUCCUUUGUUCCAACUUACCUGAGCACCAAGGGGAAAUACAUGGUGGCUGUGGAGAUCUUCUCAAUGUUAGCAUCAAGUGCUGGGUUGCUGAUCUGCAUCUUUUUCCACAAAUGCUUCAUUAUUGUUUUCAGACCUGAGCUGAACAACAAGCAACUAAGUAGAAAAGGUUUCUAA